UAGACUCACGCUCAACUUUGGCUAAUACAUCAAUAUUUGGCGGGUUGAACUCAUAUUUUAUGAGAUACGAAAUUUGUAUGAUAUAAAUUUUAGGUAGUACCACUGAGAUAAAAAAAAACAAAUAUGAAUACGAUAAUAUUGGCGGUCGCGUUGACGCUUACGAGUGUGUGUGCGUAUCACGAUCCGGACCUUAACUACCACUUGAGCCAAUUGCAAGCCGCUCCGAACUGUGACAACGGCCACACGGGCUCCGGUCCCGGAUAUUCGUAUCUGCCACCAGCUGUUCAGCUCACCACCUCUGGAGUAAAAGUGGCCGCCCCUGUCGUCUCGCAACAAGUGUUCUCAGCCCCUGCGUAUCAGUAUUCGGGAUCUAACAGCUACCAAGAAGGAGCUGCAUACCAAGCCGCAGCAGCGUAUCAAUCAGGAGCCGCCUAUCAAGUUUCUGCACCCAUUCAACAACAACUUGCACCGGCAUUCCAAACCUCAUCAUUGAUUUCACACGCAAAUGCCCCUGCAUACUCAGCUCAGAGAGAAUUUCACGGCUACGCCACCUCCGCCGGGCUGUCUUCAGCGGCUUCGUCGGGAAAAACAGUGACACCUCUGGCGACGUACGCUCAGGCGCCCAUCAUCGCCAAAGUGACAGCGGCUCCGCUUAUUGCCCGAUUUGCAUUGGCUGCGCCCAAAAAUAACUUCGUGGCUCAGAACUUAGUGUCUCAACAGGCGUCUUACGCUGCCGGGUCAUCAGCAGCAUACAGUUCGGAGCAAACCGCUAGCCCAGUCGUAACGCAGGUGUAUGCGGCACCAUCUUCUGGAUACGCGACAUCUCCCGCCCUAAGACAACAGACUCCCCAACUUUUUGAGCCGUCACGAUACCCCGUAGCGCAACCUGCUGUGUCACAGUAUAGAAGCGCGCCGAUUUCUGGAUUGACAUCCGCUGCGCCGGUGAUUUCGCAAUACCGAGCGCCAGUAAUAGCUCAGUAUCAGUCUGCUCAGCUCGCCCCCGCCGUGUCCCAGUACGCUUCACCAGCAGUUGCCCAUGUCGCGCCUGCAGUGACCCAAUUCGCUGCUCCAGUGAUCUCCCAGCACGCGGGUCAGUCGGUGGCGUACUCCACGUCGUCCAUCAGCCACCACUCCGGCGGCGGCGUCGCGCAGUACGCCGCGGCGCCGGUGGCAGUCAACCACAACAUCGCCCUGGCCGCUCCAGCGAGGAUCGCUCAUGUCAAAAAUGUUCACACGGACUUCCUGCAGAAUUAUGACGCGCACCCUCGCUACGCGUACGAGUACGCCGUGAACGACCCGCACACCGGCGACAUCAAGCACCAAAAGGAGCAACGCGACGGAGAAGUCGUCAAGGGUCAGUACUCGCUGGUGGAGCCCGACGGUUCCGUGCGCACCGUCGACUACGUCGCCGACUGGGAGACCGGUUUCCAUGCCAACGUGCGCAACGACAGACACCACUAGUGCCCUGAAUCGGGGAUUACGUCAAUGGGUCGAUAACAGUGCAAUUCUACAGAUCCAGGAACGAUAAGCUUGCUGUGCGACUGUUAGGCAUACUUAGGCUAGAAGCGAACGAUUACCAGAAAAUAGGUAGAGGUACCUAUACCUAUAUAAUUUUGCGUAGGUAUUCGCAGCACAUUUAAUUAAUGUUUACGGGAGAAACGAAAACUGUUUCUACUCGUAUGAGAGAUGUACUUAUUAGUUUGGGAUCCAUAGACCAAAGCGUAUAAUGCCUACUUUUUUAGGUGCUGUAAUCCCUGCUUAUUUUAAUAUUAUUAUGGUUACCAGGAUCAUCUUCCUAUAACUACACUAAUUCCAAUAAGGCCUAGUUACCCUUUGGGUUGGAAGGUCAGAUGGCAGUCACUUUCGUAAAACUAGUGCCUACACUAAAUCUUGGGAUUAGUUGUCACAGCGGACCCCAGGCUCCUAUGAGCCGCGGCAAAUGCCGGGAUAACGCAAAGAGGAUGGUUACCAGGAUCAUCAGUCAGUAUCUGUGAUUAAAAUGGGUGCUUCAGUAUGUAUAUCUAUAUAAGCACGCAGUUUAUUUAGAUAUCUAUAAAGGUUUGUGCAAGACUGUUUCAUAAUAAAUUUGAAAUUAUUGAUAUAAAGUAGAGCGAUCGAUUUAAAACAAACAAGCAUUUUGCAAAACUAGAAACCAGUUCAAUUAAAUGAUUGCUCUUAUAUGCCUACCGAUGAUGAAAUAGGUAGAUACUACGUAGAUGGACCGGACCUAUGUGCGAAAAUAUAAUAUAUCACAAUUCCAAUUAGAUAUAGAUAUCUAAGUAGUAGGUAGUUGGUAUUUCAAAACUAAUGAACAACUAUAGUAACUAAAUAGGAGUACAAACUGUAAAAAUAUUCUUUCGACACUUCUUAAUUUUUAUAUUUGUCAUCCAAAAUAUGGUAAAAACGAGGAAAACCUCAUUUUCCUUAUAUGGCGAAGUCAGGACUGUCAGGAGUUAGUUACCUACUUGCAACCUUUUUAGUGCAUGCGAGAUGAUACUGUACUUAUAUUAUACCUAGGUACUGAAAGUUCGUCGAAAUUAAGCAAUAUGAGUAUUAUGAGUGCAAUACACCAGUCGAAUGCGUUGACAUAUUACAAGAAAGCUAAUUAAAUUACAUCAAUAGUUCGAUUUAGAUAGAUAUAAGUAUUUUAUUAAAAUUGAUUGUGUGCAAUCUAUAACAGUUAAGUCCAAAACCCUAAAUUUAAAAUGAUACCUACCUACAUUCAUUGAGAAAUUUUGUAUGUACCUAUAUAGUUACGCUAGAUAUCCUUUUGAAUUACAUAAUAAAUAAUAAAUGGUUAUUAAUUAAGAAUUUUACGUGGAUAGGCUUGUGCCAUAACUUGAGGCCAAUUCCAAACCGGACGCGCCAACUUUUUUUGUCAAUAGAAUUUCCGAAACGAAUCAGUCAGCAAUCGAAUGACACUGCCGCAAUGUUUGUUUUAAUUUCUAAUUAAUAUGCAUUGCGCGUAUGCAAUAAACCACGUAUGGUUUUUACUUGAGAAAUAA